CACCCAGAAGUGAACAGUAGGCGACCCGGAAGGUCUGAACUCCGACUGAAGGCAAGCAAAAGGAACAUCUUAUUAUUUUAUAAAAUAUCAUUAAAUCUACCAUCGAGGUGUCAGGAUGGCUGAACCUCGUUUUAAUAAUCCCUACUUCUGGCCCCCACCACCCAACAUGCCUGGCCAGCUGGAUAACCUUGUGUUGAUCAACAAGAUCAAGGAACAGCUGAUGGCUGAGAAGAUCAGACCACCCCACCUGCCGUCUUCCACAGUUCCCUCCCAACAGCAACUGCUGGGGAAUCCUACACAGACAGAAGGUGGGCAGCAUGUCCAGAUGUCAGUUGAGAAACUGCAGCAGAUGCAACAAGAACUCCAUGCCCACAGCCCGUCCCAGCCAGACAUUGCCCUGCACGCCCGGCCGGCCUCCAGCUCUGUGGCAGGACGUAUUCUUGGUGAUGUAAACUUUAAUCUGGAUGAUAAAACAGCUAUAAAAGCUAGAGGAUUGUGGGAAGACUGGCAUUUGCGUCAAAUCAUAGACCAACCCUCUAGAACGAACCACCUGUCAGGUCUGGCGCUUUCCUCUCGAAUGGGCAACCAUAACACCUCAGAGGCCGUCACUCUGACCACACCCACCUCCAACAGCCUGAGCCGACUAGGCGGAGCCCCUUCACCACAUCAUGUCCUCUCAGGCUUGGCCAGUGGCCCUGGGAUGGAGCAAAUCAAAAGUAACGGAGGCCUUGCUGGACUGCUGGGGCCCCCUCCCAAGAUGGAGGGGCGAGGGCGUAAGAAGAUAAAAGCUGAGAACGGUGGUGGCUCUCUGUUGGUGGUGCCUUACCCCAUCCUAGCCUCAGGCAACGACCAAUCCUGCCACACCAUCACCCCCAAACCGGGCAAAUGCUACAGGUGUAAAUCGUGCCCGCUGACCUUCUUCUCCAAGUCAGACAUGCAGAUCCACUCCAAGUCCCACACAGAGGCCAAGCCUCACAAGUGUCCCCACUGCUCCAAAUCCUUCGCCAAUGCAUCCUACCUGGCCCAGCACCUCCGCAUACACCUGGGCGUCAAACCUUAUCACUGCUCCUACUGCGAGAAAUGCUUCCGCCAGCUCUCCCACCUGCAGCAGCACACCAGGAUUCACACUGGAGAUCGGCCCUAUAAAUGUGCCCAUCCAGGUUGUGAAAAAGCCUUCACUCAGCUCUCCAAUCUGCAGUCUCAUCAGAGACAGCACAACAAAGACAAGCCCUACAAGUGUCCGAACUGCUACCGUGCCUACUCGGACUCCGCCUCACUGCAGAUCCACUUGUCUGCGCAUGCCAUCAAAAACGCCAAGGCCUACUGCUGCAGCAUGUGUGGCAGAGCCUACACCUCAGAGACCUACCUUAUGAAGCACAUGUCCAAACAUACGGUGGUGGAACACCUGGUGAGCCAUCACUCUCCACAGAGGACGGAUUCUCCCAGUAUCCCCAUACGGAUCUCCCUCAUCUGAGCACUUCGCCCUGUACCCCUGACACCCAUGGAGGAACUCCCUGUAAGGUUACCCCUCCACUUAAGCGUAAUCAAUCCCAGAUAUUGGCUUUU